UUAGGUAUGCGUACGUCUAUUCUCUUGAUAGUAAAGACUCUUUGUGUUAGCUAGCCACGCACAGUGCGCUUUGCCUGUUGGCUUUCAGCCUGUAAGGAGGAUUUAGUAGGGACCACCUGAAGUAAAGGACGAUGCACAAAAUGGAUCUUAAAAUCCUGUGCAUAUGCAAGAUGACAGAACAUUGAUUAUUCAACGAGUGUAUUUGAAGUUGCUGAGUUUAGCCGAGAAGCAAGUGUUAAGAAUAGUCAACAGAGACCUGGAGGUUUUGUUGUGGACGCCACUUCCUUCAUAAUUACCAUUUCAGUUUGAAACACCAGAUCAACGUGAACCCAUACAGGACGCGUCAAUAUGAGGCUUCUAAGGUUUUUGAGGAGCAGCGUCUCAAUAGGAAAGGACAUCGACUAUUAUUCCAAAUUUUCUCCUUCUCCUCUUUCAAUGAAGCAGUUUCUGGAUUUUGGUUCAGAAAAUGCAUGUGAGAAAACAUCCUUCGCCUUCCUCAGACAGGAGUUACCCGUGAGGCUGGCCAACAUUAUGAAGGAGAUCAACUUGUUGCCUGAUAACUUACUGAGGACUCCAUCAGUCAGUUUGGUCCAGAGCUGGUACAUGCAAAGUUUUCAGGAGAUUCUUGAGUUCAAAGACAAAAAUGCAGACGAUGAGAAAGUUACAUAUGAUUUCACAGAUGCUGUGAUAAAAAUCCGAAAUCGCCACAAUGAUGUCAUACCCACCAUGGCUCAGGGGGUUGUGGAGUACAAAGAGACGUACGGCACAGACCCGGUCGUCAGCCAGAACGUUCAGUAUUUUCUGGAUCGUUUCUACAUGAGCAGGAUAUCCAUCAGGAUGCUGCUCAACCAGCACACUCUCCUGUUUGGUGGGAAGGUCAAGGUGAAUCCUGCACACCCUAAACAGAUCGGCAGUAUUGAUCCACACUGUUGUGUCAGUGAGGUUAUCAAAGACGCCUAUGAAAAUGCAAGAAACCUUUGUGACCGGUAUUACAUGAACUCUCCUGAGCUGGUACUGGAGGAAUUCAAUGCCAAAGAGCCAGAAAACCCUGUCACUGUGGUCUAUGUUCCAUCUCAUUUGUAUCACAUGGUGUUUGAACUAUUUAAGAACGCCAUGCGGGCCACCAUGGAGUUAUAUGGAGAUUCGAUGGAGUAUCCACCUGUGCAUGCACAGAUUGCUCUGGGAACUGAAGAUCUCACAGUCAAAGUGAGUGAUCGUGGUGGCGGUGUGCCACUGCGUAAGAUCGAGAGGCUGUUUACCUACACGUACUCCACAGCUCCACGGCCUAGCAUCGACGGUUCGCGCGCUGCUCCUCUGGCUGGUUACGGGUAUGGACUGCCCAUCUCUCGACUCUAUGCUCGAUACUUCCAGGGUGACCUGAAGCUGUACUCGCUGGAGGGUUAUGGAACUGAUGCUGUGAUCUACAUCCGGGCACUGUCCACAGAGUCAAUUGAGAGACUUCCAGUGUACAACAAGUCAGUCUGGAAACACUACAAGACCAUCCAUGAGGCUGAUGACUGGUGUGUCCCAAGCAAAGAGCCAAAGGACAUGACAACUUUUCGUAGUUUCUGAAACCAAAUUGUUUCUGUAGCAGUGUGCAAGAGAAGGUAUUGUAAAUAAGUACAAAGACGUGUGUGUAUUUGCGUGAUGCCACUGGAACUGAUUUGUUUAUAAAGACAACUCGAGUGAAAAAGGAAUGACAGGAGAAAGUUUUAGUGUCAUAUAAUAUAGUUUUAUAAGAAGCCACAGAUACCAUCAAUAUUAACAACCACAAGUAAUCACGACCAGGUUUCCACACACACAUCAGAGUGUAAGCUAAGCAGUACUGGAGUUAUAAGGCUGGUGCCCAUAUUGACCAGCAGUUAGUCCUGUCGGGUGGACAAAGUACUGUUGUUCCAUAGUGUAUUUUCUCCAAGUCAAAAUGUUCAGGAUUUUAGUUUGAACUAUUAUUUUUUUGAUGCUUUGAGAACAGAGUUUCAUUAACUCUUGUGGGUUGUACCAGAGGGAAGAACUAUGAUUUAUGGCAUUAGGGAACUAAAGUGUGAACCGUGUCAAUGUCAAAUUAUCUUUAGAGUUUGGUUUGAGUUCGCGCUGCUGUUUACAGAUUUUAUUAAGCUAAAAAUAAGCUGCUAGUAUGAAGAGAUUCUUUCUCCUGCUUCUGUGAUGUGAUCAAAUAAGUAUUCACUGUUAGAAAAAAAAGAAAAAACACUAUUGCACUAUUAAUUUUAGCAUGCGAUAAAAGUGGAUUAACUAGAAUCUGUUACAGCUGACAGAAAAACAAACUGCCAUUUUAUUGUGUCAAUGUUACUGGUUUUUGUUCAAUUGCAAACAAGACUCAGUCACCUAUAACCAAGUCUGUCAUUAUUGGGUCCUGUGGUUGUAUUUAUGACUCAUACAGUUGAAGCUUGAGUUCAUCAUUUCCAUUGUUGCACUAUAAGCACUUAACUGAGUGGAUCAUUUUUAAUAAACAUCUAACGGG